UUGUUGGUACCGCCAUUCUAAAUUCCAAAUCUACAGGCUAUAAGCGGUAAGUAACUAACUUCCCCCUUCUCUCUCUCUAAAACAAAACAAGCAGCGCCACUCUGUGCACCGCCCAUCGCAAACUUCCAAUUUUCAUUUGGCGGUUAAUUCCGUUCCCUGUUUCAUCAAUUUAACCCUUCUUUUUAACAUCCUUAUUUUUCUCCACUCUCUCACUCACACAUACUCUUCUCAUCAUCACAAUCACUUCCCUAAUCCUAAUCCUAACCCCUAUCAUAUAUAUAUAUAUAUAUACACUGCUAAUAACUACCAACUCGGUUAACUCUUCUGCUUUCUGCUUUCGUUUCUUUUCGUUCGCGCCAACUCUUGCACCAUUCAUACUAUGGAUUCAACUUCAACAUUCCCUCAACAACAACAGAUGCAGGAUCAUCGUGUUCACGAUCUUCAUCCCACCGUCGACGAACACUCCUCCAUUGUUUCCGAUUGCGAGAGCAGUGUUUCCGGCAACACCAGACAACAACAGCAACAAAAUUCCGAUUCGUUUUUAGUUAGGCUUGGAGAAGGCGAUGUUGUUCAUGACCUAAUAAAAACGAGAUUCCUUCGUGGACUCGGUUCGCUCUCGAACCAAACGGAGAUUCUAGCAAUUCACAGAAACGCCUGUUCCGAUGUAGUUUCUCAAGCGCGCCUUCAAUCCUUUCACGUUUACGCGGGAGCUGUUUCUAAACUCCGCGGUGGAAAUUCAAAUGUCAAAUAUGCUUGGUACGGAACUUCAUCUGAGAAUGACGUAAGAGACAUUCUUUCAAACGGUUUUAGUCAUGUCCACGGUCAUAGCCUCUGCCUCUCUCCAGAUGAUUCUCCUCUCCAAAGUGUGAAAAGUUGUCUUGUUGGAAGAGAUGGCGUGAGGCAUUUGAUCUUGUGUAAGGUGAUUUUAGGAAGGGCGGAGAUUGUGAAACCUGACACAAAACAAUGUUAUCCAAGCUGUGAGAAUUAUGAUUCUGGUGUGGAUAGUUUUUCAGCUCCAACCAAGUACAUGAUUUGGAGUAGUAGAAUGAAUACUCAUGUUUGGCCUGCCUAUGUUAUAAGCUUCAGGGUUUCUUCAUUCAAAGAGAUUGGGAUGAGUGAAGAAGAACAUGUGAGACCAACUUCACCUUGGAUGCCGUUUCCAAAUUUAAUUUCUGUGCUCUCCAAGGUUUUACCUUCGCUUGAUAUUGCUUUGAUAUCCAAGUUUUACAAAGCUAAACAGGAAAGGAAGAUUUCGCGACAUGAAUUGAUACAGAAAGUUAGACAAAUUGCUGGAGACAAGUUGCUGAUUUCGGCCAUCAAUUCUUACAGAGCAAAGAAAAAACCUACGAAUUUCCUGCAAACAAGGUCAAGGAAUGACAACUAGACAGCUUGCAAAGCAGAUGCAGUGAUUUCCUGCAUGGGUUUUGUUUUUGAGACACAAAGCUCUAAACUUCAUAUACGGAGUGGACCACUUUGAGGAGAUAUAACUUUAGAAACUUUGGGGAAUACAUAGCAAACGGAUUUUGCUUUAUUUUUUCUGUUUGCUAGUUGGAAUGAUGUCCUCAACACAUAAGGAAAGGAUAUCAUAGACAUAUUGACAUACUCCAAUAUUCUAAUGUUAGAAAAUGUAGAUAUAUAUUUUGUUCUGCUUACUUUUUUA